AUAGCCUACUUGGAAUUUUGGUCUUCUGGACCGCUAUGACUGGUUUCAUGGUGGAUCUCAAUCCCUCUAUGGGCUGCCUGUUCAUUGGCAUAGACCUGAGUCUGGUACUCUACGGCGGAGUAUGCGCCCAGGCGGUAUACUAUUUCUGGCACUACCGCAACGACGGACUCGUUCUCAAAACCUUGGUUGUCAUGGCAUGGGUCCUGCAAUCUGCACAGAUUGCGACCGAUAUCCACCAACUAUGGUACUAUCUGAUUCGCGGGCACGGCAAUAUCCUCGCCUUGACGGUGCUCGACCCGGCCACUGGUGGCCAAUCGCUGCUUUCGCAUGCCUUGAUGGUUUUGGUACAAUGGUACUUUCUCCAUAGGAUUUGGCUACUCUUGAAGGGGACCCGAGUCAAGUGCUUCUACGCAGGAUUCGCUGCAUUUGUGUCAUUGAUGACUCUGGGCACUUCGAUAUGGGUUGUAUAUGACUGCUUCAUCGAGAAGAGCGUCACGACAGCGGUGAGGGGUGGUUUGGUGCCAGGCAUCUGGUCGCUCUCUGCUAUCUUCGUCACCGACCUCUACAUUACAUGCAUUCUCUGUUACGCCUUGUGGGGCUGUAGAAAUGGGUUUCAACAGACCGACGGUAUCCUCACAAGGCUGGUUAUCUACGCGAUCAACCGGGGCAUCUUGCUAUGCUUGGCAUCGUUCGUCGCUAUUGUGCUGUGGGUCAUAGAUAGCAAAGGUGGUACUACCUACAUCGAGGCGAUUUCCGCGCCAGGUCAGGGAACCUUGUACGCAAAUUCGUUGUUGGCAGUGCUCAAUGUUCGCAACCAUCUCGGGCAGCUGGAGGCGACGCGGUCCGACCACAACGCCUCCGAACUCCCUUUUGUCACGAUUCGCAAAGAUUCCAGGAUGGUGACUGUCGCGGACUCCACAUGCGGUGCGAAGAUCGAAGUCUGAAGAUACCCACUAGGCUAGUACUAGUGGUGAGGAGCCCAGGUUGGCAUUGGCAAAUGCGAAGAAGAGAGGAACUAACAGAAGAGAGUACAUGCAUACCACGUACGGUGUCGGAGGAAAUCCCGCGCGCAGGAGAUCAAAUCGCCGCAUUCAAGUUUGCUUGCGCGGGUAUGCGUGCUGUAAAAGUACAAGGCAGUUACAUAGGUGGACAGUUGAUCCACGCCUCAGCAAAGGUGUACUCACUAUGAUAUUCUUCUACUCGCAAUGUACGCACAACUCUUGCUAUGGUAAUAGUGCUCGUCCGUGCCGAAGAUUUCAAGUACGCAGUGUCCCUGUCU